AUGGAGUUUUCUUCACCGGCACAACGUCGUCUCGAGACCCUUCGCUCUCAUCUUAAUUCUUCUCCGGCUGAUGAUCCAGCAGCCUCUCUCUUCCUCAACGCCACCGCUUCUGCUUCACCCUUCUCCAACGAUAGCUACAGCGUUGUGCUUCCAGAAAAGCUGGACACUGGGAAAUGGAAUGUCUACAGAUCUGCAAAGUCGCCUACCAAGCUCAUCAGCAGAUUCCCUGAUCAUCCUGAGAUUGGGACUUUGCACGACAACUUUGUACAUGCUGUUGAAACAUAUCCUGAUAACAAGUAUCUUGGCACACGAGCUCGUCCUGAUGGAACCGUUGGAGAGUACACAUGGAUGACAUAUGCGGAAACAGCUUCUGCUAGACAAGCCAUAGGUUCUGGACUUUUACAUAAUGGAAUUAAUCAUGGAGCUUGCGUUGGACUCUAUUUUAUCAACAGACCAGAGUGGUUGGUUGUUGAUCAUGCAUGUGCAGCAUAUUCAUUCAUCUCUGUUCCUUUAUACGAUACACUUGGUCCAGUCGCUGUUAAGUUUGUUGUGAAUCAUGCUACUCUUCAGGCUAUCUUUUGUGUACCACAAACUUUAAAUACAUUGCUAAGCUUCCUAGCUGAAAUCCCAUCGAUUCGUCUUGUUGUGGUGGUGGGAGGGGCUGAUGAGAAUUUGCCAUCACUUCCUCCAGGUUCUGGAGUCAAAAUUGUAUCAUACCAGAAGCUAUUGAGCCAGGUAGUCUUCUACAAUGUGUUGUUUAUCUAUGGAUAUGUUAUUUUUCUUUGGUAG